AUGUACGAGUAUUUUGCCUAUUUGAACACAAAAGAAAACGAAAACGUUAUAUUAGCAAUUACAAGUAAUUUUAAUGACGUUGAAGAUGAGUACUUAACAAAUUAUCGGUUUACAUCAAACGAAAUUGAAAACAUCCUGCAUAAGCUGAAGGAAGACAGAAGCCCAGAAAUUGAUACAUACUUUUUAAAGUUGAAAAAUAUUCAUUCGAAAAUUAAAGUAAUUAUCGUCUGCCACUCCAAUCAAACCGUCUUCAGAAAAAUUAUGUUCUUUGCACAGGAUCUUGGGAUGACUGAUCCGGAUAAUUAUGUCUGGAUCACUUUUUAUAACAUCUACUUAGGACUACCAUUUGAUGCCCUGAUUCACCCCUGGUCAGCCACAAACGACCACUUGCCUGAAAAUGACUACAGGAGGAAAGCGUUUCUUUCACUAAAAAUUGUAUGUAGAUGCAAUGGUUUGAUAACGUACAAAAACGUGACCCCCAUCUCUUACAUUUCCAAUGACGCCACUCAGCAGUCACUGGAUGACAUAUUCUACCUCUACCUGGUGCUCAGGAAUCAAACGUUGAGUUCAAACAAGGAUCCAAAGAGCGGGUCCAACAUUCUCAACUCUGCGAAAUUAAAUCAAAUUAUGGAUAAAAAUGAGACGGUGAAAUUUAACUUUGAUGGAGACCGGCUGAUGAACUUCUACGUUUGGACGCUGGCACCCGACGCAACCACAUUCGCUCCCUACAUGGAAAUCAACAUGACCAACGAAAGCGCAUAUUCGGUGGGUGCUGGUUCAUUUUUUUAA